CAGCAGGAACUGGAGCUAGCAGCUGUGUGGCAAUGCCCUGGGAGCAGAGAACUACUGCACUCUUGAACUAUUGCUCUCUUGAAGCAUCCCAGGUUUCCUGGGCAGUGCUGCAGCACAGAGAUAAGGGUGCUCCUUCCGGAGCCAAGAACACAGCCCCACUGCUGUGUCCCAGCACAGCUCCACGGGACCGGCUUGCGCACACAGCUGUGCUUACAAACAACUCUCCAUCAUGCAAACUGCCCGGCAACCUGGAAAAGCAGCACCUUGGAUCCCGUUGGAAUGGAGCACGGGGAUUUCCUACAGCGCCACGAAGGCUGAUUUUCAGUUUGGGCUCCUGCGGUCCGCUCCUGGCACCAGACUCCCGGCUCGUCGGGCUCUAAGCCAGGCAGCAACACAGCCAUGUUCAGAUUCCUGUUUUUAUACAGCUCGCAGCCUGAGCGACAUUCGUGAGUGUGUGAGGAAGCUCCGAGGCAUAAUGGUGGGCUUUGAAAAGCAGCCCCAGUUCCGCCUGCGGGUCGGGGGCCUGGAGGGCACCUUCUACGAAGGGCAGGAGGAGCUGAAGGAGUACUGUGAGGUGCUCUACCUGCCGCAGCCCACCAAGAUGGAGGUGGUGGGCACGGUGGAUGACGUGCCCUGUCUGGCCACGGGGCAGCAGCUCAUCAUCCUCGUUGCUGAGAGCGGGGAGGUGUAUGCUUACGAGGAGGACACGCUACACAAAGUUGCCAAGAAUAUGCGAGAAUUCACAGAGAUAGGGCUGCAGCGCCUGGGGAAAGAAGUCUACCACUGUGGAGAGCACGUAGAUUCACUGGAUGAGGCGGAGCGAGACAAAGACCCGAUAAUCCAGGAGCUGAGGCAGAGUGCUCAGCGGUUCCUUGAGGGAGGGAAGGAGGACUUCAAACGUCUCCUGGACUUGCCGUAGAACAAACCUGUUGUUGCUUGUUGAAUCUGCACGCGUGACAAGGAGUGGAACUACUCUGCAUUCCCAAGUGUUUAAUCUGCCUUUCCUGUAAACAACUUCAGGGGCGGUGAUUCCUGCCCGUCCCUGGGCAGCCUCUGCCAACAGGUCAUAGUUGUUUCUGUGAAAUUCUUCCUCAUAUCCAGCCUGGAAUCACUUCAGACCAUUAGUUCUCAUCCUAUUCUCAUCCUAUUCCUCUUACCUGGAAGCAGAACACAACUCUCACCUCGCCACAAACUCCUUUCACAGAGUUGAAGAGACUGGUAAAAUCUCUCCUGAGCCUUUGCCAGAUUAAAUCUCAAUGGAUUUGCCCUUAAAAUUGCACUUUUAAAGGUUAAUCACUGUGUAAGCCUGUGUCCUGAAGUGAGAUUUUUCUUGCACAAACACAAACUUGCUUUAAUCAAACAUUAAAGAUUUUAAAUAUA